AUGUCCGUCGCAGCUACCAACAAACCAAUCGAGAAGAAGCCCAUCAAGUUCAGCAAUCUGCUGCUUGGGGCUGGCCUCAACAUGUUCGAGGUCACUACCUUGGGACAGCCUCUGGAGGUUACGAAGACGACUAUGGCCGCGAACAGAGGUGACAACUUUGUUGGUGCUCUGGCAAGGAUUUGGAGCCGUGGUGGUGUUUUAGGGUUCUACCAAGGUAUGAUCCCCUGGGCCUGGAUCGAAGCCUCCACCAAGGGCGCCGUCCUCCUCUUCGUUGCCUCCGAGGGGGAAUACUACGCCCGCAGAUUUGGCGCCGGCGAUUUCGCAGCCGGUAUCAGCGGUGGCAUCCUCGGUGGUCUCUCACAAGCAUACGCUACGAUGGGAUUUUGCACCUGCAUGAAGACCGUCGAGAUCACCAAGUCCAAGCUGGCGGCCUCGGGCGUGAAGCCUCCCGGUACCUUCGCUACAUUCAUGGAUAUCUACCGCCAGGAAGGUAUUCGUGGUAUCAAUAAGGGUGUCAACGCUGUCGCUAUCCGUCAGAUGUCAAACUGGGGAUCUCGUUUUGGUCUCUCCCGCUUGGCUGAGCAAGGUAUUCGCAAGGUGGCCGGUAAGGAUGACAGUGUCAAGCUGAAUGCGUGGGAGAAGAUCCUGGCGUCUAGUUUGGGAGGUGGUCUCAGUGCGUGGAACCAGCCGAUCGAGGUUAUCCGCGUGGAGAUGCAGAGCAAGAAAGAGGAUCCUAACCGGCCGAAGAAGAUGACGGUCGUCAACACCGCCAAGUACAUUUACCAGAACAAUGGGCUAAAGGGCCUGUACCGUGGUGUUUUGCCUCGGGCUGGGCUGAGCGUCUGGCAGACGAUUUGUAUGGUUGCUUUUGGUGAUAUCGCCAAGACAUACGUUGAGAACCUCACCGGCGAAAAGGUCACGGCUAAGCAUUAG